AGCCAUUUCAUUAGCACUAUUUAAACGUUUCGUUAUUUUUUUCUGAGCUAGCAAAAUGUUGACCCAUCUAAAAAUCGGUAUUUUUAUAAUCUCCUAUAUAUUAAACGUGAUUCAUAAAACAAAAUACUUUAAAAGUUACAAGUAUUCAAGUAGGUAUCACGCAUAAACACAAAAUUAUUGUAAAAUUGACAGAUCUUUACCUCUUAUUGCGGUUCAACUGAAAUAAUUCUAAAUCACCGAUGACAGCAGGAUGGCGCGAACCAUAAGAAACAACGGAUACACGUAUUAUACCUACAGAGACAAUAAUAAUAAUAAUAACAAUUGUCCCUGUGAAUGAAUAAUGGAUAUACCUAUAUAUAUAUAUUAUUAACCGAACGUCGGCGACGGCGACACAGCAUAAAUGAUGUCCCAGACAAAAGCGUUUCGCACUUGUCGUCAGUGGGGAGGGCAGUACAAUGGGCCACCGUCUAAUGUUAUGAGUGUAUUUUUUUAUUUAUUUAUUUUUUUAUCGGUCGAUUGAGAUAAAGCCGCAAGUAGCAAAAUUGUUCCAUCCGCCCGCGGCAGUAGUAUAGUGUGCAACCAUGUCAGCGUCAGUUAACAGCGCGCGCGCGCCGCUUUGUGUCCUCUGACCGUCUCCUCAAUCGCCACCACGUGUUACAACGAUCACGACGACCACAUCGCAUCCUCCCGCGGCACACUCUACGGCGAUGACUGCAUGGCCGACGACGACUGACCGGCCGAUCGGCUGCUGCUGCUGCUUCUAUCCGACCUGCUAAAAACGGACUGUGGUAAACAUACCGAGUGAUCGCUCGGCGUAGCUAUCGUCCUGCCGCUCACCCCGAGGAGACCGAAGUGACAUCGUCGUGACACCUUCGACACCUUUGACAGCCGCGAUGACGUCCAUGCGACGUGAGCUCAGCAACGGGCCUGCCGCUCUGGUGGCCAUCGACGCCGCACUGUCCACGGCAGUGAUCACCCCCGUAGUAGUCACAUACUGGAGGAUAACUUGGAAGCUGAUGGACAUAUAUAUACUACCCGGGCACCAGGCUUUGAGCAUCAUCGCGUCCUUGGGCAUCGGGUUCAUCGGCUUGUUUAUAUUUACGUUAUUCCAGCACCGGUUCAUGGACUAUCUGAAGCCCAGGAAGCACACGGUCAUGUACUACGUGAUGUCCAGAAGUUACACGGCUGCGUUCGCGUACGCUUGCAUCAACUCGUGGCGCGGUAUCUGGAGCAUUAUGGACGUGGUGACGGGCACCCAUCCGCCCGCGGUCGCCGCAUCCGUGUUCAUCGGCAUAGGCAGCUUGGCCUCCAUGAAGACCCUGCGCAACAUCAUUGCUCCCCCAAUAGCUAUACUAACCGACAACUACGACGGAUAUUUUGAGGUGCCCACGCUGUUUCGCAUGGGAGUUCGAGAUGGCACUGGAUCAUGGCUGUAUGUAUUGGAUAGCUUUUUCAGCGUUUGUAUUAUUGGCUCAUUGGUAGUCAUCGUUUGGCGUGGUGUUUGGAGUCUAAUGGACGAUUAUUUAUACCCCGAAGAUUUUCACACAUCUGCAAUUCUAUCAUUGGUUAUAGGGUAUAGUGUAGUACUACUUGCUUUUGCAUUACAACCAGCUAUAAAAAAAUUGGUUAACAAAGUUAACGGUUUGAAACGAAUACUGUUUGUGGAUGUAUACUUACUAUUCUCAUUUUUUGGUGCUGUAAACGUGUGGAGAGGAGUAUGGACUAUGCUGGAUGUUCACUUUAUACCAGAUGCUCCUAUCACCAGUUAUUGGGUAUCGCAUAUUGCAUGUUUUGCCUUUCUAGUCUUAUUGAACUCCUCCAACUCCAUAUUAGUCCGUGGUGUUUACAUAGAUGCCGAAGAAGACGGUACACAAUGUGUCGAUUUUCCGUGUUAUUACGUACGACUCUUAGUUCAGAAGAGAAAACGCAAAAAACAAAUACGUGACAACGAAAAAGGUAAAGAAAUGACGCAAAUUAAAAUUGGAAAAGAAGAGAAAACAGAGGAUACAACCGAGAAAAUGUUACUUACAAGUGAAAAUGGUGACAUAACCAUGUUAAAUAAAGUAGAAGAAACAUCAAACAACAGAAGUAAAAUUGUUUGACAUGACAAUAACCAACAUUAAGGUUUGUACUUUUGGAUCUUAGAAGGUAUCGUUUUCAAAACACACCGAAUCCUUUGUGUUCGUUCAAAUUAAAAUAUUUUUUUAUAUUGACAUAAUAAUUAUUAUUUAUAAUCAUGUACAUACAUUUAGCUCGUUCCAUUUUUAUUGUUUUUUUUUUAGUUGUGAAAUGUCAAAGAUUAUUUAGAUAUCGUGUGAACCAAUGUUUUAAUAUUAUAUUUUAUAUCGACAUUGAACUAUACUUUUUGUAAAUAGUACAAUAUUACAUUAUAAUAGUAGUUGAUAAUUUAAUAAAAUGUAUUGAAUUUACAGAUGUUAUUAGAUUGUUAAAUGUGUAACCUCAUUAUUUUUUUAUAAAU